UGACUGCAGAGAUGAGGAGAGAAGAUUCACAGAAGAAGAACAGCUGGACGACAGCGGAUUCCAUUCGGAAGAGCCCCAUUAUCCCUGAUCUCGCCUGUCUGGAUAGAAUGGAGCGAGAGAGGCAGGAGUAUCUGGAGGGUCGUGGUCGUAUGUUGAGGGAAAUGAACAGCAAAUAUGAGCAGACCCAGGAGGUCAUCCUCAGACGGAUCCGCAGCUCAAUCCAGGAUCGUGAUCACCCCUCAACCCAUAAUGCACUGCACCACCAGUCCACCAGGAGGUUCCACAGGUCAAAUGACAUCUGUCUGGAGCCCCAGAUGAAAAGAGGUGGUUUGGGCCACAUUCUGCUGAAACGCUUAAGAGAGAAAAAGGUGUGCAGCAGCCUGGAGAGCCUGUCUGGCUCUGAUGUGGACCCACCGUAUAUGGAGCCUUUUCCACCUUCGGACGAGCCCCGGAAAAGGGAGAGGCCCCACCGCAGGGUUCGGGGCUUGAAGAUGGCUGUUGAGCAGGAUUGCUCCCCCUUCAGGCCAGAAGACCCCUCCCCAGAGCUCUGCACACCUGAACCUCCAGCUGUUGCGAAACCCAGCAGGUUGCCCAGACCGAGGAAUCUGCACAUGCUGGCCAAGAAAGGGAACAAGGCCUACUUUGCACCUGGUAAGUUCAAAUAUUUCAAGAAUUUGUCUUAGUUUAGUAGAAAGUACUUAGAAGUAGUUAAUAUUUAGAGCAGGAGGGAACACAUGGUUCAUAUGCAGCAUCCAGCAAAGUUCUGUAAACCUCAUAUAUAUAGAAUGGAUUAUAUAUGUAGAAAGGAAAGA